AUGACCCCCCGCCUCCUCCUCUUCCCCCUCUCCUCUCCUCGGCCCCUCAUCGCACUGUUAUCCCGCCGCGCACCUGGCCUGACCCCCGCUAUAUCAUUCCCCGCUCCUCCGCUGAAGGUUGCCUGCUUAAUGCCAGCGUCGAAACAAUUCUUACACCAGAAGAGCAGCUCCACCGAAGCCAUGCACGAAUCGCCAUCCUCCUCCGAGGGGAAUGAUUUGAUAUUUGUCCGUUCCUUGAAUUUGUACGUCGUCUCUACUGCAGCCCCACACUGACCAUCGCUGACAAACGGAAUUGAGCUUCAGGAAAGCCACAACGGGCGUAGACUCAUGGGGCCGUAAACGCCCCCAACCGAUCCUCCUAACCCUCUGGCUCAGGAGCUCCAUCGCGCUUGCCGGCUCAACGGACCACCUCCCAUACUCCAUAAACUAUGGCACGGUAACGAAGGCCAUAACCGCGCGCGUCGAGAACGACGCCUUCAAUUCUCUGGAACACCUUGCGGAGGAUGUAGCGCACACUGCAUUAGGGCCGGACAUCAAUGCCGGUUGGGUUAGGGUCGUUGUCGAGAAACCAAGAGCACUGCUCCGCGCGGAUGCAGCGGGGAUCGCAAUCACUAGGAGGAAGAAUGCCGAGGGAGAAGUGCUCGCUGAAGGCAGUGACCGGGUGUUCGUCAAGGAUCUCCGACUUGUAACAAUUAUUGGCGUGAACCCCUGGGAACGGGAGGAGAAGCAGGCAGUUGUGAUCAAUCUAACCAUGCACAAGGAGAACAAUCCCAGGAGGCCCCUAGAAGUGGUUGAGGGUGGAAAUUUUGACCCGCACUAUAACUUCCGCUCCGUGGCCAAGCGCGUGACGGAGCACGUCGAGGCCUCGGAUUACAAGACUGUCGAGGCGUUUGUUACGGCCGUUGCGAAGGAAGCUUGUGUCGGGUGCGGGAUUUCAAAGAUCACGGUGCGGGCGGAGAAGCCGAGUGCUCUGACGUUCGCAGAAGGUCCUGGGGUGGAGAUUACCAGGGAGCGGUCGUUCUUCCUUUUAGAAGAAAGCGCAGCGGAACCGGAAGGAAAGCACGAUGUAUUCAUCGCUCUAGGCAGUAACGUCGGAGACCGCUUCAAAGCCAUAAAAGAGGCUGUUGCAGAAGUGGAGAACAGGGGGAUAAAGGUUAAGAGAACGAGCAGUUUGUAUCAGAGUGCCCCCAUGUAUUACCUUGACCAACCGACAUUUUUGAAUGGGGUUAUUCAGGUCAUCUCCAUCUCCAGCCCUGCUUAUUGAUGUGGAUGCUAACAUAUAACAGGCAGAGACAACACUAUCACCGGACGAUCUAUUGAAGACCCUAAAAGACAUAGAAUCCCUCCUUGGCCGGUCAAAAAGUAUGGAGAACGGACCCAGAUCAAUAGACCUGGACAUACUCCUCUACGACAACCUGGUGCACGAAACUCCACACCUCACCAUCCCGCACCGGAAAAUGCUGGAACGGGAGUUUGUUCUCCGGCCCCUGUGCGAGUGCGCUCCCUUCCUCUCCUCGCCCUAGUAACACACAGUGCUAACUCAACCAGCAUAUCCCCAAACAAACCUCACCCGCUAACCUCCACCGCCUUCAAGCACCAUCUCGAUGCCAUCCCCCCGCCACCGCCCUCCACUCCACCACUCCGCACAUUCGCCUUUCUCUCCCCACACCUCCCCCCACUUGACCCUUCAAACCCCCACCGAAAAACAUACAUAAUGGCAAUUCUAAACCUGACCCCAGACUCCUUCUCCGACGGCGGCGAGCACACAACCAGCAACAUUGUUUCAACCGCACGGGAAUUGGUCGCUGCGGGAGCUGACAUCUUGGAUUUGGGCGGGUGCAGUGUCCGCCCACACGCCACACCGGCUAGCCUAGAAGAGGAGCUCGCAAGGGUAAUACCGGCGAUCAAAUCCCUCCGCGAGGCCGGCAUAGAGACCCCGAUAAGCAUAGACACAUACAGAGCCGCGGUAGCCAAAGCCGCAGUAUCCGCCGGUGCGGACCUAAUAAACGACGUCUCCGCCGGAACUUUAGACAAAGAUAUGCUCAAAACAGCGGCGGACCUCGCCGUGCCCAUCUGCCUAAUGCACAUGCGCGGUGACCCCUGCACCAUGGGCUCUUUGGCGUCCUACCCCACCGGUGUAAUCCCCGCCGUCAUCUCCGAGCUCUCGGAGCGCGUUCGCGCCGCCGAGGAAGCGGGCGUGCGUAGGUGGAAUAUAUUACUCGACCCGGGUAUUGGGUUUGCCAAGGAUAUGCGGCAGAACCUAGAGUUACUCAGGGGGCUUGCGGAGGUUACGGGUGGCAUUGCAUUGCCGUGGGUUUUAGGACCCAGUCGAAAGGGGUUUGUCGGCAGGAUUACGGGCGUGGAGGUUGCGAAGGAGAGAGCGUGGGGGACUGCGGGAACCGUGGCGGCGUGUGUUGCGGGUGGGGCGGACGUGGUUAGGGUUCAUGACGUCGCGGAGAUGAAGAAAGUGGUUGAUAUGGCGGACGCUAUUUGGAGGCAA